AUGGAAAAAGUGAAAAACAUUUUAAGAUUUGAUGAAAUGGUCGUGGUGGAGGCAAUGAAUAAGGCAGGAGGAUUGGCUCUUCUUUGGAAAGAUGAGGUGAAAAUUAUAGAGGUUUUGAGGACUGCUUUUACCAUAGAAGCGCAUGUGGAGGACCCGGAAGUGAACAUUAAUUGGUGGUUUGUAGGCAUCUAUGCAAGUUGUGAUGAUCAGUUCAGAAAACAACAGUGGGAAGUUAUAGAAAGGAGGAAGAGAUUGUGGGGAGAAAAAUGGAUGAUAGCAGGAGACUUUAAUGAUAUUGUAUCUAAUGAAGAAAAAUGGGGAGGAAAUAGUCGACAGGAAAGCAACUUUCAAGACUUCAAGCAAUUCAUUAAUGGGAAUCAGUUGAUGGAUAUUGGGUUUGUUGGACAUCCUUGGACUUGGUGUAACAAUUGGGAUCAAGAAGGAGAAAUCAAACAGAGACUGGAUAGAGGUUUUUGUAGCUACUCCUGGUCCAAGGUGUAUGAGAAAAUUCAGUGUACUCAUAUUGACUCAUAUGCGUCUGAUCACAGCAUUCUUUUGUUCGAUACUAAGAUGAAUCUUGGUAAGAGGAAGAAGAGAUUCUACUUUGAUAAGAGGUGGCUUAAAAGAGAGGAUAUAGGGGAGGUAAUCAAGUCGGCUUGGGAGCAGGAAAUGGAUGGAUCUAGGAUGUUUCAAGUGGUUAAGAAGCUCAAAAACUGCCGAGUAGCUCUACUACAAUGGAGGAAUAACUUCCAAGCAAAUGCAAGAGUGAAAACUGAGCAGAUAAAAAACCAGUUGAGUGAUCUGAAGUCUUCUCUAGGUAGCACCAGCAAGGAUUGUAAGGAUUCUCUAAAAAAACAGUUAAAGGAAGCCUACAAAGAGGAAGAGUUGUACUGGCUUCAAAAAUCGCGGAUACAAUGGCUUAGGGAGGGUGACAAGAACACGAAAUUUUUCCAUGCCUCAGUACAAGGUAGGAGAAGGAGAAAUAGACUGAACAAACUUCAGCGAGAGGAUGGUACUUGGACUGAGAGUGAGCAUGCAGUGAGCAAGGAGAUUGCAGAAUACUAUAGGAAUCUAUUCAAUAGUAAUGACGUCGGGGACUUAACUGAGGUACUGGAUGGUAUACCGCAUACUAUCACUGAUGAACUCAAUGGAAAUCUGAUGAAACCAGUUUUGGAAGAAGAAAUAAAAGCUGCAAUUUUCUCUAUGAACCCAGAUAAAUCUCCUGGGGUUGAUGGCCACCUCUUGAAAAGUGUUAACCAUACGGUGAUUACUCUCAUCCCCAAAGUGCUUAAUCCCACAUCUUUGAAUCAGUUAAGACCAAUUAGUCUUUGCACUACCAUAUAUAAAGUCAUUGCUAAAAUUCUUGCAAAUAGGCUCAAAGGUGUUUUACAUUGCUGCAUUUGCAAAAACCAAUCUACAUUCAUCCCCGGUAGGCAAAUUAUAGAUAACAUCUUAGUCUCUCAUGAGUAUUUGCAUUAUCUAAAUAACAAGAGACAAGGUAAGGAUGGGUUUAUGGCAGUGAAGUUGGACAUGUCCAAAGCCUACGACCGUGUGGAAUGGAGUUUUCUUGAGGCCAUUAUGCAAAAGAUGGGGUUUCAGUACAGAUGGAUAAACUGGAUUAUGGAGUGUGUAAGAAAUGUAUCUUACUCCUUCAAUAUUAAUGGGGAGGUGAAAGAGUAUGUGAUACCCACAAGAGGUAUUAGACAAGGGGAUCCCCUAUCUCCUUAUCUGUUUCUCCUUUGCUCUGAAGGAUUUUCCAACCUCAUUCGGCAGGCUGCACAAACCAGAAAAAUUUCUGGGAUGAAGAUAAGUAGACAGGGUCCUAGUAUAACACACCUCUUCUUUGCAGACGACUCUUUGAUCUUUUGCAAAGCAAAUAAGGAUCAGGCUACGGAAUUAAUGAGGGUGCUGCAGGUGUAUGCCAAAGGGUCUGGACAACUGAUAAAUCUGGAUAAGUCUUCUAUACUAUUCAGUAAGAAUGUGAGGCUAAAUCUGAAGCAUGAGAUUUGUCAAGUUAUGGGGAAUAUGCAAAGUGUUACUCAAGGCAAGUAUCUCGGAUUACCAAUGGUGGUAUCAAGAUCAAAGCAGCAGAUUUUUGGCUUUGUCAAAUCAAAUAUACAACAGAGAAUGAGCAAGUGGAAAAACAGGUUCUUAAGUACAGCAGGUAAGGAAAUUAUGCUUAAGUCAGUAGCCUUAGCCAUGCCGACGUAUACCAUGUCCUGUUUUAGGCUCCCAUCCAGAUUAUGUAAGGAACUCAGCUCACUAAUGUCAAACUACUGGUGGGGAGAGGCCAAUGGAAAGAAUAAGGUACACUGGUGCUCUUGGAGGAAGCUCACUCGGAGUAAGAACAUGGGAGGAUUAGGCUUCAAAGAUUUGAUGGCAUUUAAUGCAGCACUUCUAGGCAAGCAGGUUUGGAGACUGAUAACGCAACCUAAUCUCCUAGUCAGCCAAGUUUUGAAGGCUAAAUAUUUCCCAAGGACUUCCAUAUUUAGGUGCAAAGUCCCCAAUACUGCAUCUUGGAUAUGGAGGAACCUUAUGGGAGCUAGAGAGUUGGUGGAACAAGGAACAAGAAGAAGGAUUGGCAAUGGAAACAACACCAAUAUCUGGGAUGAUUGCUGGAUCCCGGGUAAUAUAAAUGGGAAAGUCACGACCAGAAGACAUAUGGACAAUGGACUUCAAAAAGUUCAUGAGCUGAUCUGCCAAAAGUCAUGGAAUACGAAUCUGGUUUUCAAAAAUUUCAAUCGACAAGAUGCUGAAAGGAUUUUGGCCAUACCAAUAAGCUUACCAGGGAAGGAAGAUAGUCAUUUCUGGAUAUACGGGACAGAUGGAAACUAUACCGUUAAUUCAGGGAAAUGUCUCAAUGAUGCGCUUCUAGUGAGAGAUCUUAUACAAGGCAGAAUCAAAGUUGGAGACCCCAUUUGCAAUAGAUGUGGAGAAGAUAGGGAAACAUUAGAGCAUACCCUUUUGAACUGCAGGGAGGCAAAACUGAUAUGGAAGCUAGCCCCUAUCCAAUGGGAAGGAAUGAUGGAGCAACAAGGGAAUUUCCGCAACUGGUGGACAUCAAUCUCAGAAGCCAGGAAUAGACCAGAAGGUGGGCAACAUAUUUCGUUGUCUGUCCAUAUUCUAUGGCAGAUAUGGAAAGCUAGGAAUGAGGAGGAAUUUAAUGGAAAAAAAAAAAAACAGCCUUGGAAGACAAUUCAGAAGGCGCAUCAGGAAUGGUUAGAAAUGGUGGAAUUAGAUACUAAGGAAUCUAGGAUGAGCACAGACGAAACAAUAGCUCUACAGCAACACAGUUCGCAGUCAGCUUCAGAAUAUGGGAUACUAGAAGUACGGAUUGGGGUAACAUCAGAUAUAUCCAACCACGCCUUUGGCAUUGGAAUCAGCCUGAAUCAAGGAGAUCAAGGACCACACCGAGGAUGGGCGCUACGAGCAAGAAGUUCAGGAUCAAUUCUGGUGGAUGAAGCAAUUGCACUGAAGCUGGCAAUGUGUAAGACAGCCACAACGCAAGCCAGGGAAGUGCAAUUGCAAGUGCAAAACCCACAAAUCCUUAACAAUAUUCGCACAAACAGGGUAAGUGAGAUUAGAUUAGCGACUGUUGUGGAUGACAUUCUUCAAUUAAGCCAAUUGUUUCAUAUGUGCUCCUUUUGCCUAGUUAGAAAAGAUAAGACUCAAUUAAGCUACAAGCUUAGCAUUCAUGCCUUGGGCAUUAUUUUUGAUGAGGAACAUUGGUUUCCUUAG